CCCAGCCCUACCGCGCGCGGCCCCGAGCUCUGCCGCCCGGAACUUUGGGCACUGCCUCUGGGACCCCUGCCGGCCAGCAGGCAGGAUGGUGCUUGCCUCGUGCCCUUUGGUGCCCGUCUGCUGAUGUUCCCAGCCUGCUUCCGCCAUGCCGCCCUCCAUCUCAGCCUUCCAGGCCGCCUACAUCGGCAUCGAGGUGCUCAUCGCCCUGGUCUCUGUGCCCGGGAACGUGCUGGUGAUCUGGGCGGUGAAGGUGAACCAGGCGCUGCGGGAUGCCACUUUCUGCUUCAUCGUGUCGCUGGCGGUGGCUGAUGUGGCCGUGGGUGCCCUGGUCAUCCCCCUCGCCAUCCUCAUCAACAUUGGGCCACAGACCUACUUCCACACCUGCCUCAUGGUUGCCUGUCCAGUCCUCAUCCUCACCCAGAGCUCCAUCCUGGCUUUGCUGGCAAUUGCCGUGGACCGCUACCUCCGGGUCAAGAUCCCUCUCCGGAGAAUGAGCCAAUGCAUGGCAAGCACUAAAUCUUAGAUCCUGAAGACUCAACCUUCGAGCAAAAGACACACACCUCCCCGCUCACCGGGCCCUGGAUGGGGAGGGGGCUCCUCUUAGAGGCCCCUGGAGGCCAGGUGUGCCUCGGAGGGGCCCUUCGAGGCAGCUGGGAGGCAGAUCCUGACACUCUGCCCUCCUCUCUCCCAGGUACAAGAUGGUGGUGACCCCCCGGAGGGCAGCGGUGGCCAUCGCCGGCUGCUGGAUCCUCUCUUUCGUGGUGGGGCUGACCCCUAUGUUUGGCUGGAACAAUCUGAGUGCAGUGGAGCGGGCCUGGGCGGCCAACGGCAGUGUGGGGGAGCCCGUGAUCAAGUGUGAGUUCGAGAAGGUCAUCAGCAUGGAGUACAUGGUCUACUUCAACUUCUUCGUGUGGGUGCUGCCCCCGUUGCUCCUCAUGGUCCUCAUCUACCUGGAGGUCUUCUACCUGAUCCGAAAGCAGCUCAACAAGAAGGUGUCGGCCUCCUCCGGCGACCCGCAGAAGUACUAUGGGAAGGAGCUGAAGAUCGCCAAGUCGCUGGCCCUCAUCCUCUUCCUCUUUGCCCUCAGCUGGCUGCCUUUGCACAUCCUCAACUGCAUCACCCUCUUCUGCCCGUCCUGCCACAAGCCCAGCAUCCUCACCUACAUUGCCAUCUUCCUCACGCACGGCAACUCGGCCAUGAACCCCAUUGUCUAUGCCUUCCGAAUCCAGAAGUUCCGGGUCACCUUCCUUAAGAUUUGGAAUGACCAUUUCCGCUGCCAGCCUGCACCCCCCAUUGACGAGGAUCUCCCAGAAGAAAGGCCUGAUGACUAGACCCCGCCUUCUGCUCUCACCAGCCCACAUCCAGCGGGGUCUCAGUCCAGUCCUCCCCUGCCCGCUGUCCCAGGGGUCUCCCUGAGCCUGCCCCAGCUGGGCUGUGGGUCGGGGGCAUGGGGGAGGCUCUGAAGAGAUACCCAGAGAGCAUGAUCCCUCCACUAGGAGUUAACUACCCUACACCUCUGGGCCCUGCAGAAGGCUUGGGAGGGCAAGGAUCCUGUGAAGGGACCGGGUGUCUAGAGGUGAGAGUGUUCAGAGCGCCCACCUGCCUUACCAUCCCACGAGCAGUCCAGCGCUUCAGGCCUGGGCAGGUCUUGGGGAGGCUGAGACUGCAGAGGAGCCACCUGGGCUGGGAGAAAGUGCUUGGGCUUCUGCAGUGAGGCAGGGGGUCUGCUUGUCUUUGGUGUUAGUGAUGCAGCCCCAGGCCCAGCUUAAGGAGAGGAGAGCAUCCCCUCUGAGACAGAUGGGAGGAGAGAGGUUGGGGAUGCACUGGCCUGGCUGUCUCUCCUGUUCUGUAGGAGAGGGUAGCCAGAAGCAGCUAAGGGA